AUGGCACAGAACCAAUUCACCUGCCGCUGGGCUGCACUCUCCCUCUCUAAUAUUGCCUCCGUCUUCCUACCAGACUUGCUCCUCCCCCGGGAAGCUUCUGCGUCCAUCAAACAUGAGCUCGUCUCAGUCAGUACGACCGGCGGCGCCUCUCGUGCAGCCGACUGGCUGAAACAGAACAAAAUCCCCAAUGCCGAGUCCAUCACCGUCUACCACUCCUGGGAAGAGAUGCUGGAAAAGGGAGACUUUGACAUCGUAUACAUCUCCACACCACACCCCUUGCACUACGCGCACGUGCAAAAGGCCCUGAAGUGCAAGCGCAAUGUGCUCGUCGAGAAACCAGCAACGAUGAAUCGCGCACAAUUCACUCAACUGUGCAAGCUAGCCAAAGAAGAAGAUGUCGUGCUCAUGGAAGCAAUGUGGACGCGCUAUCUCCCCGCUACGCUCUACUUCCAGAAUGAGCUACUUCCGCGCAUUGGCGAUGUGAAACGCGUGUACGCCGAGUUCAGUUUUCCCAUCGUGUCCCCGGACUUGAGCCAUGAAAGCCGGUUCCUCGAUAAAGCGGCUGGAGCGGGAAGUUUGUUGGAUCAGGGCGUAUAUGCAUUGACGUGGGCUGAUCUCGCGCUCAAUGGCCUUGCGUCCAGUCAAGAUAGGACGCAGACUGAAGUCGUGCAUGCGCAUUCCAUGCCGGUUCCGGGUGUGUCUGGUGAUGUGGACGAUAUCAACACCGUCAUCCUCAACAAAGUUUUCAAUGAGAGUGGCAGCAAGCAACAGGAGGCGGUCGCUAUAGUCACGACCAGCAUGACUCUUCCUGGCUCCAGCAAACCAGCUUUCUACCAACGGCUACAGGCCACGAAAGCAGCCCCGGCUGUACGUAUCGAAGCCACCAAGGCGUCGGUUUCCAUUCCCUUCCCUCCUAUCAGACCUCAGGAACUACAUGUUCAGUGGUAUGGCGAGGAGCAUCUGGAUGAAAAUGGUCUGGAGACGGAAGAGGUGGUCAAAAUACCCGUGGAGAAGGGUUGGGGCAUCUGGUAUCAGGCCGAUGUUAUCGCGGAGAGAGUUGCAAGGAGAAAGGAGGGUACUCAGGGCAUGGGAGAGGUUAUUGGCGAGGAGGAGAGUGGAAGGGUGAUUGGAUGGAUGGACCGUGCUAGGGAGAUGGCCGGCAUUGUGUAUGAUGCGGCGCUUGAGGAGGUGUGA